AUGCUAUCACAGAAUAAUUACUCAAAUAAGAUAUUCUUCAGGCGUCCAUUAAAUAAUCAACCAAAUGGUUCGACAGUUCAAGUUCAAGUUCAUCAACGAUAUUUUUGGAAUCGUCAAUGGAGUGGAUAUGGUACACGUUGUACAGAAGCAAAUGUUAUUGCUAAAACCCAGAUAUCUGUUAGUAAUUACAUGAUAUGCUAUAUUAAUUGUUCGAGCUCAACGUAUCCGUCAAGUGGUUUAUCAACAAUAAUGACAAGCACUGACUGUGAUCAAAAUCCAUUGGUUCGAUCAUGGGCUGGUGAACGUUAUGAUACACUUUCAUUACCAUUAACAACAUCUAUUACAAUUGGUUAUUCAAGCAGUGUCUGGUUUGGACCUAAUUUGUAUCCAGCAGCAGAUGGAACUUGGGCUUUAGUCAAUCGAAUAAAUCUGUCAGUAAGACCCGAUGGAUAUAUAAAUAGCAGUCCAGUUACAAAUACAUUACCUGUUUUGUUCAAACCUGUUGGACAACAGCUAGUGCAUGUUAUACAAACUCCAGCAGACAAUCAAUAUGGUCCACAAGGCAGUGCUGGAACCGGUUCAGAACAUACCGAAAAUUCACCGGUUAAAAAUUAA